AUGAAAAAAUUUACCCAAGGUACUAAAAUAAACUAUAAAUUAUUAACUAAAAAUAGAACUUUUUUAAAAAAUAUUCCAAACUCAACUCCAACUUAUAUUUGGAAUCCAAAAGUUGGAAAUAUAUCCAUUGUUGAUGUCAAUUCUAAAGGUGUUAUUGCUAAUAAUAAUUGUGCUGGAUCUGUUGUCAUUGUUCAAGAACCAGACCAAAUUGUUUUUUCAUCAUCUCAAGUAGAGGUCGAAGUUGGUAAAAAGUUAGUACUCUCAACUAAAUUAUUAUCAAAGCAUUUACCAAAAGGAGUUUAUUUCGAAUCUUGCUCAAUUAAUAAUUUAGAAUGGAAAGUUAAAGAUGAUUCCAUUUUCAAAAUAUUACCACAUGAAAAGGUCGACCAACAAAAGAUAUCAAGUGACAUAUGUUCAUCUCGUGAAUUUUUGGCUCUAAAAGAAGGCUCAACUGUUAUUUCAGUUCAAUACAAUGGAAUGAGAGAAGAAAUUCGUAUUUUUGCUUCUCCACCAGCUGAUCAAAUGGAAGUUUUAUUAAGUUUAGGUUCAUCGGCCGAGGUUUCUUUCUGUGGUGGUAAAGAGACAUGGCAUUUAGAACCAAAAAUUUAUUCCAAAACUAUCUCAUCAGAUAAUAAAGAACAAAACUCACUCUCAAUCACUCCAGGUGAUAAUAAUUCAUUCAAAGUCACUUGUCAAAAACAAUCAAAUGAUCCACAAAAUGUUAUUGUAACUAUUAGAAACAAAAAGAGUAUUAGCAGCCCAUUACCAGAAGCCCAUUCAAUUAAAAUUCCAUUCUUUUGCCGUCAACCAUCAUAUAUUCAUAUUCAAUUUAUAAAAUUACCAACUGAAGAAGAAGGUAAACAAAAAUCAGGUGAAAUCAGUUGUUUAAAUAUUCAUAAUAAUAGUGAUUUACCAUUUAUUCCUAUGAAUUCUAUUGCUAAAUAUGAAAAAGGUAGUACCAAUUAUCCAAUUAUAGUUGCAGGUUCUAUUUUUAUUGCCGCCCUUGCUAUUGGUCUUUAUGUAUAUAAAAAACAUAUGUUUAUUUAUAUAUCAAAUCUAAAUUUAUCACAAAUAUCAACCUCUUUAUUAGAAUCAUUCCGAUCUCCAUUUCCAUACUCUUCUUUAGUAUCACCAAAUAGUUCACUAGUUAGUAUUUAUCAACAAAAAAAUUUAAAAAAAAAAAAAAAUUUAAAAAACCAAAAGAAAAAUAAAAGAAACAACAAAACUCACUCUUAUUAUAUUUGA